AUGAGCGCCCCGCCGCGCUGCGGUGCCACCUGCCGGUCACCGCCCUGGCUCCGGGGGCGGAGCAACGCCGCCCCGCCCCCCAGGCCUGUCUUCUCCUCCUUCGCCCAUCCCAACUCCCAAGGGUGGGCGGGAUGGGUCCCCUCCAGCGGUGGAUUGCCCACGAUUGGCGUCGAGGCGACAGUUCGAGGCUUUUCCUCAGAAGAAGCUUUUGAGAAGUACAUUAAGUAUGAAUAUAAGAAUGUUCAUGUGCUGGCUGCUAUUAUUUUUGAUCAUAACUUCAAAAACGUCAAUGACAGAUUGCCACUGAAGAGGCGGAAUACAGUGGGUUUACUUGUGGAAAUUGGCCUGAUACUUGUAGUUUUGGUAUUGCUUUUGAUGGAACGUAAACUAAUAAAAAAGGAGUUUCGUAAUGCUUCCACUUUUGAUCCUCUUCCUUUGACACUACCUGCUUUCCUCAUUAAUUCUUCAGUGGUAUAUGAGUUGGUUUAUGUGCCUUCUGAAAGUGAUGUGGCAAAAAAUAUUACUGAGAUGGUGAAAAGGGAUUUAAAUGCCAAUUUUAAAGGGUACAUCAAAGAAGGGUUCCUGAUUGUGCAGCAUUCCUUAGAUAAGGCCAUCAUGAUAUAUCACAAUGGAAGAGAGGCAGAAAGGAUGUUUGAUAAUGCCAGCAUUUUGGCUCAGAGAUUUCCAUACCCUGCUUAUUAUCAUGAUGGUCAUAUGUGGUCGUUUUUGAGUUUCUUCUCUUGGAUAGUUUUAUUUGCAUUUUCUCAAAAUGAACUCACCUUCAUCAGGAACAUCACAUCAGAAAAAGAAAAGAGAUUAAAGAGUCUGCAAGAAUAUGUGAUUGGACGGCAUGUAAUUGCAAUGGCUGCUGAAGGAUUUGUUUUCAUCCUGUUGAUUCUUCUUCUGGAGACCAACUUAUGGAGAGUGAGAAUCUUUGUGUUUCGCUGUAUUUUCUUUGGAAUCUACAGGAAAUUUAAUAAGGAUAAAUUAUCCCUGAAAUUAUCUGGAGUAUCUGAAGAUGAAGAUGUACAAAAUGAAAGAGAGAGAGUCCUGGAGCAGCCUCGGGAGUUGCUGAAUUCCCCAGUGCUUAUUAAUGAACUCACGAAGAUAUAUUUUACAGUUCCAGCCAUUGUGGCUGUAAGAAAUAUCUCCCUUGCAAUCCAAAAGGAGGAGUGCUUUGGAUUGCUUGGAUUAAAUGGAGCUGGAAAAACUACAACCUUUCAAAUUUUGACUGGAGGGGAGAUGGCUACCUCAGGGGAUGUGUUCAUUGAAGGCUGUAGCAUCACUAAAAAUACGCUAAAGGUAAGGUCAAAAAUGGGCUAUUGUCCACAGUUUGAUGCCUUGCUGAAUUUCAUGACUGCUCGGGAACUAAUGAUCAUGUAUGCGAGGUUGUGGGGGAUUUCUGAGACCGAGAUUAACUUUUAUGUGAACAACUUAUUGAAAAUGCUGAAUCUGCAAGCCCAUGCUGAUAAGAUUAUCUCCACUUACGGUGGAGGAAACAAACGUAGGCUGUGUACUGCUGUUGUCCUAAUGGGAAAGCCCUCAGUUGUCUUCUUGGAUGAGCCAUCAACUGCCAUGGACCCAAUAGGCCGGCGCCUGCUCUGGAACACAGUGACACAGGCACGUAAAAGUGGCAAAGCCAUCGUCAUAAACUCCCACAGUAUGGAGGAAUGUGAUGUCCUCUGUACCAGGCUGGCCAUUAUGGUACAGGGAAAGUUUGUGUGCCUGGGUAGCCCUCAAUAUCUCAAGAACAAGUUCGGCAACAUUUAUAUUCUGAAAGUCAAGUUCAGAACUGAUGCAGUUGAGAAUAUAAUAGAAGGUUUUAAAACACUUAUUGCCAAGGUUUUCCCAGGUAGUGUCUUAAAGCACGAGAAUCAAGGGAUCCUUAACUACUACAUUCCCAGGAAGGACAAUAGCUGGGGAAAGGUGUUUGGCAUUUUGGAGAAAGCUAAAGAGCAAUUUGAUUUAGAAGACUAUUCCAUCAGUCAGAUAACACUUGAACAAGUCUUCCUGACCUUUGCUGACCCAGAUAAAACAGUAGAAGAUCAUAAAAAACAGCUUCCAUGA